CAUGGAGCCAAUAUUAGGACAGUUGGCGUAAAGGGAAAAACAUUUAUCAAAUUCUGCAUCAUAAAACGUUUGCAUCGUUGUUGUGGAAAUGUUGUGUAUUAAUGGUUGCUGUUUUUAUGUAUUUUUGUUAUAUUUAUUUAGUAGUUUUAAGUGAAAUUUGUGUACUGAUGGGAAUUUAAAAAUGACGGAACUUUCAACUCGAAUAUUUUGCUACCAUUUUGAAAAAAAUUGCAACUCGCCAUGUCAGUCUUGCGCUUUAAAAAGCUAGUACGUUUUAAUAAAUCAAAAAGCUGUAAAAAGGGCGGGAAACUGUUCUUACUGACAUAUAAUUUCCAUUGUUAACACGAGUUAGCUAUUAACUUAAUCUCUGAAUGAGCUGCAGGCUCAUUAAACGAAUAAUUGAAAUAGCGUUGAGAAAUAUAGAAAGUUAAAGUACAAAUGUUUGUACCCGUCCCUUUUGAAACGACAUUAGAAUACACUAAUUAGCAAGUUUCAAAGAGAUAAUCAUCGCAAAUUGUGCUAAUUAACAAAUGUAUUUUAACAUAUUUAGCGCGCCAUUUAAAAAAUGUGCUUGCAUAAAUGUUGAGUGUUAAGUGUCAAAAGAUUUGUGACAAGUUUGAAAAUUUGAGAAAAGCAGAGAAAAUGAGUUGAUGGUUGAAAUGGUAUGGGAUAUCAAAGUUUUUGUUUAUGACAGAUUUUAUGUAAAGACUAGGUGAUGUUAACAUUUUUAAACCAAUCACAGGUGAAACAAACAUACACUGAAAGAAUAUACUAAACAAUCAUGAUGGAAAAGACAUUAACCAACUUUUACUUCUUCAUAUGGUUUAUUAUAACAGCACUGCUGACGAAAGAUAAAGUAAACGCAACCUGUCCGACUGGCUGCACCUGUAUCGCGCAAGAGAAAGCUAUACCUGCUUCAUACUGCGAUAACCAAAAACUGACCAGAGUUCCAAAAAAUAUUGCUAAAAACACUGAAAUUUUAUCACUACGACUUAAUAAUAUAAGAAAUAUAACCGACGGAGAUUUCGUUGGAUUGUAUCACUUGAAAAAACUUGAUCUUGUGUUUAAUGGACUUCACACUAUCUCUGACAACGCUUUUAAAGAUCUCCGGAAGCUGCAAAGCCUAAAUUUAGGCCACAAUGCCAUAAAAGGACUAUCGACAAAUAUUUUUCGAAAUUUAAUUUCGCUGGAAGAAUUAUUUAUUAACAAUAACUUAUUAAUUACGUUACCAAAGGAUAUAUUUAGAUUUUUGCCUAACUUAAAAAAAAUCUCAUUACAAUCGAAUCAAAUCAUGACUGACUCAAAUGAAGUUUUCUCGAACUUACACCAUCUAGAAAAGUUGAAUUUAGCGCAUAAUAAAAUUAAUGUCUUAACCAGCCGUAUGUUCGAAAAUUCGAGAGCUUUACGGUAUUUAUACUUAGACGACAACAAGUUGAAAAACAUUGACCCAAACGCCUUCAGAUCUCUAGACAAAUUAACUGAAGUUUAUUUGGAUAACAACGCUCUCCUCACAGUAAGUGAGAAUCUAUUGAAAAAUAAAUCAUAUCUUUCCCGAGUUAGCCUUUAUAACAAUCCAUUACAAUGCGAUUGUAAUCUUUUCUGGGUACACAAUGCGAUGGUGAAGAAACGACCAGCAUUCCAGCACGCAGAGCACAUGAUAUGUCAAUCACCACUUACACUUAAAGGAGAACAUAUCAGCUUAACCUGGAUCAAAAGUCCCGAAGGCUUUAAUUGCUACGGCUCGUGGAGUUCAUGGCUAGCUUGGAGUGAUUGCAGUAAACCUUGCUCAGGUGGAUUACGUUACCGAUCACGUGUUUGUAAUAAAAAUGUGGGUUCUUCUUGCAAGGGAGAUGAGAUGGAGUCACAAACGUGCAAUACAUUUCCGUGUUCAAACGGCAUUUUUACACAUUGGUCCGGAUGGAGUGUAUGUUCGGUAAGCUGCAACGAAGGAGCACGAAGGAGAGCGAGAAGAUGUAUCCAUCCUUACACAGGGACUGAAACAGCUUCUUGUGUUGGACCAUUAUCAGAAACUAAGUUUUGCAUGGAGAACCAAUGCGCAGUAGAUGGUUCAUGGAGCGAAUGGUCCUCGUGGUCGGGUUGUAACAAAACAUGUGGUUUUGGAAUGAGCAGUAGAACAAGGACAUGCACCAACCCUCCUCCUCGGUUUGGUGGUUUACUUUGCGAUGAUAGCCACAAGCAGAUGCAGAAUAGAGUGUGUAUAGCUGCCGUAUGUUCCCCACAUACAUCUUGGGGAUCUUGGUCAGAAUUUUCCAGGUGCUCUGUCAGCUGUGGAAAUGGACGAAAAGUACGUACACGAGAAUGCUUGAAUAAAUUCAACGAACCAAUCAAAAUCUCGAAUAUUUGUCCUGGUAGUCAAUUUGAUGUGCUUCCAUGUAAUGCAAGCUCGGUCUCGUGUAAGCAAGAUGGUAUCUGGAGCAGUUGGCUGCCAUGGAGUCGAUGCGACUCAUUUUCUUGCAGGCGAUAUCGCUCCCGAAUUUGUGAAAGUUCAACUUCAAAAUAUGGCAAAAAGUAAGUUACUCUUAGGACGAUUUCUUGAUGGGAUCCAAAAUAAGGAUAAAGUGUUUUAUAAAAAUUCGCGCUGAUUUUUAGAGAGUGCGUAGGU